AUGGCUGCAAAGAAGGCGGCACCUACCGACGAUGAGCUUUUGGCACAGCUUGACGAUCUGAGCACGCAGGCCUCGACGCGUGCCCCUAAGCCCUCCACCAGAACUGCCCGACAAGGACAACCGGCUCAAUCGUCACAAAACGAACAAGACCUGCUCGCUGAACUGGGAAACUUGGCCCAACGACCAGCUAGCCGACCUGCCACUCCAUCGCUGCGACCAAACGUGUCUUCGGCCACAGGCAACAGAUCCCCCAAGCGAACCUCGACGGCCACCCCGCCUCCUGGCCGGACAAGCGAAGAGAAGUCGAGCAGCGGUCAGCGCAAGUCGGGUGAUAGUACACGUUCGUUCCAUCAGAGCUUCACACCAGCGACCACAACGACUGAAGAGUCCACAGAAAAUGAAUCGCAGCCUGAGCCGACCUCAGCAGCGGCCAAAAGCGGCGGUGGGUGGUGGGGGGGAUUGCUCUCGACUGCUUCUGCCGCCGUCAGUCAGGCCCAGGCGGCUGUGAAAGAAAUACAAAAGAAUGAAGAAGCACAGAAAUGGGCAGAGCAGCUCCGAGGAAAUGUCGGUGUGCUCAAAGGGUUUGGCGGUGACCUCAGAAACAUAGCUAUGCCCACGUUUCAGAACAUCUUGCAGACCAUUGCUCCUCCGAUCUCUUCCCACGAACGACUACAAAUCCAUAUCACCCACGACCUGUCAAACUAUCCCACCCUCGAUCCCCUCGUCUACCAAGUCUUUAGCCGUGUCAUGGCACAAGUCGAGGGUGGAGACUUGAUGGUCGUUCAAAGAGGACACGAAGCCGGACCCAAAAGAGAAUCGAGAGAAAUGUCGCGACCAUUGGGCUCCUGGCAUGAUGGACCAUGGUGGAGGAGCGGAGAACCUCGAAGUAUCAACGCAGUCAAAGGCCUUGUUGAGGGUACUAAGCUCGUCAGGGCCUCUGCCGAGAGCUACGCUGAAGAGUACUUUGGAACCAAGGGCGGAGUUGAAGAAGCUGCCAAGCGGGCUACGGAAACACUCUCGACCUCCAAUCCGACCAGAGACAGCGAGAUUUUCCUAGCAAUCCAGGCCAUUGCACAACCGGUGUCAGAAGAACUGUUCGCCCCAGCACCGAGUUCGGAGAAGGACGAGCAAGUGAAAGAGGCGAAGGAGAACACCACUGACGAGAUUGUGUUUGCUGUCUAUCUGCACGACCCCAUUCACGGUAUCACUUUCCAGGUCGUCUCUCAAGCCAUUCCCGGACAAUGGAUCGAGUGGCUAGAUGCCCCGAGUGGCGGGGAAGGCACUUUGCCUGAGAGCAUCGAAGAGAUUAUUGAAAGUGGUGGUAUCGACCCCCGAGAAUGGGUGAGCGAGUGGGUUGAAGAAACACUGAGUCUGGCGAUUGGUAUGUUGGCCCAAAGGUAUGUUGCGCGGAGAAUGGGUGUCGGCGAAGGUGGACCUGCCAAAGGCAAACUCAGAGCCGACUUGAGCCAGCAGGCCAUGGUUCAAAGCGGUGGGGGUGAAGCUGCUCGAGCGCUGGGUGGAAUGUAA